AAAUUGGCGUACUCUAUUUUUUGUGUCAAGCUAAAAAUUGGCGUACGCUUUCGCUGUGUCCACAGAGGAUAAUAACUCUGCACCACCACACCACACAACUAUAAUCUCCUGUUCCCUUAAAACUAAUUCAAACAUUUCACUAUUUAUCUUCUCGAUAAUGGAGACUACUGCAACAAUGGCCUCAACUUCCAAUCUCCUCUCCAGUUUCCCGAUCCGUCCGGCUAAAAUUUCCGGCACCGGCACCGGCGCUGCUUCAUUGUUUUCUCCGCCGCCGUCGAGGAAUUCAAUACGGAAGCUUCUAUUUCGCAGCAACAACAGAAGCUUCUCGAAUUCAGGGUCUCGGAGCAGUAGGAGAUUGUCGAUUACUUGCGGCGGUGUUAUGGAGAUCGGCGAGGCUCAGUUUUCUGAUGUUGUAUUGAAGUCUGAUCGUCCGGUUCUCGUUGAAUUUGUUGCCACUUGGUGUGGUCCUUGCCGACUGAUUUCUCCGGUUAUCGAAUGGGCGGCUAAGGAAUAUGAAGAACAGAUAUUGGUUGUAAAGAUUGAUCAUGACUCGAACCCUCAACUAAUUGGAGAGUACAAGGUUUAUGGACUGCCGGCUUUGAUUUUAUUUAAAAAUGGGAAAGAAAUAUCCGAGAGCAGGAGGGAAGGGGCAAUUACAAAAGCCAAAAUAAAGGAGUAUCUUGAUGCAUUCCUGGAGUCUGUAUCAGUACCCUAGUUUUGUUAAUAUUGUUACAAAUAAAUAUUGAAGCUGGUAAAAUAUGUUUUGUUUAUUAAAUUAUUCUCACAGUAAAAUGAGGCCUCUGGGUAAUAUAGAUAUCUGUAUAUCUUGGUAUCAGCAAUAUGUAUCCAUGUAAGAUUGCAUGAUCAGAGGAAUAGUUUAUGCAAUGCAAAUACGUUCUUUGUAAAUCACCGUUAUAUAUUUUCUUAGUCAUUCCAUUUUGUUUUAUA